AUGACAACAGUGGGGUUAGAAACUGCAAGCUAAAUAAUAAUCUGUCUUGUCAUCUAACACAGCCAAUUAAACUCAUACCCAGUUUCCACACGACCACAAAAGUGACGGGUAUCCGGUCAAUUAGCAACCACAUCAAACUCCCCAUCACUGAGAGUCAAAUCGCCACCCCUGGUUUGGCUGUUCACAAACUGAUCACGAAACGUAAUAUCAACAUGUUUUAUUUCAUUUCACGGUUAAAGUUCCACCUCCGAGUCCCUAUGGCGAUUUGAGUCCCUUUUUGACGAAUUGACCGUCAACCAAGUGAUGUGAUCACGAUAAAGCCUUAUAAUGUUAAUUGUUCUUAUGCAAUUACGGAAAACCCUUCGGGAAAAAGAUCCACGUUUAAUCUGCCAAAAAAACCUCAACACAGUAAUACAGCUAAUAAUAAAACGUCGUAAAAAGUCCUCAAAAAGACGGCUCUCAAAGAACUAAACUCGCGCACGCGAUAAUUGUUAACGUCACUUUGCUUACAAGCCUACAAAUUGAAGAUAUCUCUGAGCCCGCGCGCCACGCGAGUUCGGUUACUGUCUCUUUAACAAUACUUUAAGUUUGUAUUUUUUAUCAGGAUAAUUUGGUAUUAUCACUGACUGAGUUGAUAAUGUAAAUUUGUCAUCGUAAAGAGUUCAAAGGCUAGACGUUAGCUUUAAACUAUUUACGGUGGCCAAUUUACGUAAUCAAUUCAGUUGAUAAUACCAAAUCACCCUGUUAUACUCUCCCACCGACGCAGCACUACAGUUUCUUUAGAAACUUAUCCGCUUAAGUCAUUUGUAUUUUUUAUCACUGACAUGGUAGCUAUGGCGACAAAGCUCCUAAAUCAUCGCUGGCUCGGGUGUAUGCUUCACUGUGGAUGAUCAUCGGAAUUCUGUUGAUGUCAACCAUUACAGCCCAGAUUUCCUCGUCCAUCACUGCUGAUGGACUUCGACCCCUUAAUGAUGUGUUUGGAUCUAAGGUAUGAAACAACAUUUGAAUGAAGAACAUUUAUUGCCUAUGGAGCUUAAUUCUCAAUUGUUUUUAACUUCCUCUUGUCGUGACAGAAAUUUGGAGAACAUCUCUUGUUCUAUUUCAUGAUCGAUCUGGUUUGCGACUGCCUGUGUUAUUUUCAAGCUUAAUGGUCACAAUUGUCCAAUUCAGAAUACGAAGUUGAAUUUAGAAGAAAUUCUUCGUAUUUUACUUGCCUCAUUAGUUCAGUGUCGAAAUUUCAUAUUUCAUAGAAUUUACGAAGGGAACUACGUCAUAGUUUAUACAUCCUUAGACAUUGCCUUCAUUAGUAUUCAAGUCUUUCAUUUUCGAUCUGUUUUAAUCCUCUAGGUCCUUGCAUCGAUGUUCCUUCUUGGAUUACUAUCACUUCUCUCUUGUUUUUAUAUCUUGCCGAACUGUCAGCAGACUCAAAAAUAAAGCUAUGAAGGUCUGGUAAAUUCUCGUCUGCUCCAAACCAAAUGUUUAAAUCGCGCCUAUUGUAUCAAUCUCCAAAGCCUCAAUUAGAAAAUGGAAUUGCUUGCAAUAGCCCAUUUCACAGUUAUUUGUACUUAGUCGCCAAGCUUUGAUUUGGAGUGAGGCUGAAGGUGGUGACCUUGUUGUGAUAGAGAUCAGUAUCUGGUUAGUAUGAUAAUAAAGAAAUUUACAUUUGAAAAGCAACAACGUUUGUAGCAUAACAAGGUCACCCUUAGCUUUACUCCUGUUCAAAGGCUUGGCAACCAAGCUCGCAACUGUAAAAUUGACCAUUUGAUGCCGUGAAUAGCUAAUACGUCUUGACUUAAUUUGUUACAGGUCGGUGUUCCCUUGGGAAGCAAAAAGCCCCUCGAGAAAGAAAACCAUGGAUUCAAUAUGAAAGGUGUUUUAACUUAAACACUCUUUUUUCCCCCUGAGAUUCUUUCAUUGUUUAAAUGUUCAUCGCUGUUGCUUGUCGAUUGUUUACGAGGUGCCAUGCGGCUAAGCGACACAAUAAAAGCACUAUCCCCCUCUGAGCGCGGCCCAAGAACGGUUUUUUGUUUUCUGUGACUCAGCCCUAUUACUCUUCAAAACUAGUCACCGUAUUACGCACCCUCAAAAGACACUCUCUAGGAUCUCUCAAUGAUGAGUACUCCUAAGACUUAGGACAUUUAGCGUGCGUAAUCUAGUUUAUUCUGGAUAUGAGUCAUAUCUAUUUUUCCCCAUUUGCACAUACUACCAGCAAGCAAUGUUUAUUAGAAGCCUUAAUCCUCAAUAGGAUUCGAGAGGUUCGUGAUAAUUGCAAUUAUAGUUUUUCGGCGUACAGCAGAGAAACAUUUUCCAUGGUGUGCGUGUUGGGGGGGAGGGGAUUUAUAAAGAUCGUUGCGCAAAUCCUCGGGGGCUUCCCGAGGUUAUUCUUCCCUUAGGAAGGCUGCUGAUUAGAGGCACAAAACCAGCAACUACCAAUAAAUAAUUUAACUAUUUGAGUACAUUUGAUAUCAGCAAGGAUAUACAUUUUUACUCUGUUUGAAUUUCUUGCAGAAUACCGCACAGAACGCGAACUCCUAAAUGGCUUGAUUGAUGGUAGUGUAGAUGCAAUAUUGCUGUUCGACUGUGGCACUGUGGAAAUGGAAAGGCAGUCUCCUCAUUUGACAAUAGUUGACGCAUCGGAAUUCAAUUUGAGCAUCAGAGUGGGUUUUGCGGUGGAAGAAGGAAACGAAAACCUUGAAGAAUGUUUGCAAGAUUGGACGAACGAGGAAUGUUCAACAGAACAGACGAAUGCCGAUGGCGACCCUGACGAUGAAUACGAGGAUUGGGAGGUUUGAAAACAAUUGAAAUACGCUACGUGAUUUUAUAUUUCGAUAGCGGAGAUCUGCUCAAAUGGCUUGGCAUAUCUAUCAGAGUAGGAAUCGAGAAUCUCGUCGAUCGCCACGAUGGACUUGGUUAAGGAACUCGAUUUCCAACCUGUCAGAAAUUCGAGUGAUUAAAUUCACAGGCAAUUGUACCUGGUGGGAGUUAAAGGGGUACUUGGGUCAAAUAUUGCUGGGUAUCUAUAACUAGCUUCUCGGAACCCCCACCUCAAUGUAAUCUAUUUUUUUCGGCCAAUUAUGGGCCCCUCCUCACUCAGUUUUAGUAAUACGGUAACAGUUUUUUAGCCAUGAGUCUUCCCAUUUUAAAUCCCUACUUAGCAGAAUUUUCUUACCCCAAGAAUCCCGAAAACAUGCGACCCCAUUCUAGUAACUCUCGUCACAAUACAAACCCAUGUAGUCAUAUCAGCCAUAAAAAUGACACCUCAUCCACUGACACAUCCUCAUUACCCUAUAGCUGGGAAGUAAUCCCUCCUUCCCCCGUGCAUUGGCACAGUCUUUCUUUUACAACGCAAUUUGCUACGUUCAUCGAUGCAAAUCCCCAAUAAAGCUAACCAAUCAAAUAGUCCCUAUCGGUAUGUAUACUCAGUUCAGUUUAAGGACAGAAGACCAACAUUGUACCGAAAAAAAAAAUGCAUGCAUUAGAUGCUUCGCAUGAAAAACUUUUGGCACGGACGACGUCUUAAAUCCAAGCGGGUCCCAUAUAAAAAUUCUCGGGCGAGCGUUGAGGAAGCUGAGCUGAUCAAAUUUCAAAUAGGCAUUCUUUUUAAGUUAUACGCCGAAAAUUUCAUCUCUAAUUUCAAGGAAUUGAUCGACGAAUAAGGGCAGAGGGGUGGGGUCAGCUGCAGUGAACAUAGUGUUCCCGAUGAGUAGCAAGAGGUUUGCUGUCUCGUACAAUUUUGAAAUCAGGUACGAUUUGGAUCAAUCAGUUAGGUAUAUCUGUACAUUUUUCAGCUGUCCUGUUUUAAAGAGUACAGCCAUGGAAAAUACCGACAUGACAUGAAACAAGGCUCAUCCGAUGACCGAGUGAAAACCCACCACUUCAUUUUGAUGAGCUCUGCUGGCCUUUUCGUCAUCUUCCUGUUGACUGGUUCCCUGAGGAAUGCGUGCAGGAAGGGGAGACCGACAACAGAUGGUCUGUACCAGUCCACAUUAUUUCUUUUUCUGUUGAGAUUCUUAUAGCCGAGGUUUCCCCAUACUAAAAGGAAUACCGUAGCAAAAGAUGUUCAAAUUAAGGGACUGAACAUUUUUAUUGAGAGCUUAUUUCAACAGUAAUCCACAGAUAUAAAGCUAUUUUCAUACGAUAGGUUUCUGGAUUUCUCGACAAAACAACGACAGGACAAGGAAUACUGCUGAUGAUUUGUAUUUGCGCGUUCAGUUUACUGAUGGCUUGCUAACAAACACAGAGAAGUUUCUCAGGUUCACAAAAAUUUCCAAUAUUUCGCUGCAAUUUUCUGCUUACUCCAUCGGCUGCCUGUACUUGAGAAGGACUGUUGUCUGAAUAUGCAUCAGUGGUGAUUAAAAUUCCCCUGACGGGGCCAAAAUUUACCAUUAUGCGAAUACAUUGACCAGCAACAACUGCGGGCGUGUGACGUCCUCAACUCACCCAAUUUAAACGCUAGUCCCAAGUAGAACUGACAGAUCGUUGUUGUAUUUCUAUUACAGAUGUUGAUAUUGAGAAAGGAGUGUCUCACACCAAACUGAGAGCGAGUAUUACUGACGCAGUGCCUAUGAGAGAACUCUCAACACGGAUACUUCACUAUGAAACAGAGCAGAACACUAUUGAAAAUAUUACCAAUUAGAAUCUUUGUUCCCUC